AUGAAAAAAGUGAAAGAAGCAGCAGCAUAUAGUGUACUAGCAGACGAAACAGCUGAUAUUUCUGGCACUGAACAACUAUCGAUUGGGAUGCGAUAUUUUGAUGAAGAAACACAGCAAGUCCAAGAAAUGUUUGUCGGAUUCAUUGAGCUAAAAGAUUUGGAUGCGAAAUCGAUUGCACGUAGCAUAGAUGAGUUUUUGACAAAAGAAGAUCUGAAUAUAAAUAAAUGCGUUGGUUUUGGUUUUGAUGGUUGUUCAACGAUGUCAGGAAAAGACGGAGUGGUACAAGCGAUCUUACGCAAAAAGUACACCAAAGCCCUCUACUUUCAUUGCUCGUGCCACAAACUGAAUCUAGUUAUCAAUGAUCUAAAUUCACUUCCUGAAAUUAGAAAUGCCAUGGGAACCACCAAAGAUACUAUAAACUUUUUUCGGGAAUCAGUUUUGAGGAGGAAGUUGAUACCUAAUAUUUCCAGACUUUGCGAGACAAGAUGGAGUGAGAAACACAAAACCAUCAGAGUUUUUAAAGAAAAUCUUCCAGUAAUUCUGGAAGCCUUACAAACAUUAUCUCAGGAAGGAAAUAGUGCAACUCGGAAAAGUGCCUUCCAACUGCAUGCGGCUACUUCCAGAAUUUCUUUCAUUCUUGGGAUUAUGUUGGUAGCCAAAUACUCGGCUUUGAUGGAACCCGUUGUCAACGUACACCAAUCUGUAGCUUUGGACGUGGUCAAAGCCUCGGAACACGUUAAAAGGAUUUUACUUUUAAUUAAAAACCACUGUGAAAAUCCAGAAAAAGUGACAGACGAAAUUAUAAAGGAAGCUACUGCUGUUGCGGAGAAAGUCGGACUGGAGGAUGACAUUACAUCAAUGCCGCGUAUUACGGGGAAACAACGUCAUAGAAGUAAUCAUCCAGCAGAAAGCCCUUCAGAAUACUGGAAGAGGUCUUCAAUUAUCACCUCCCUUGAAGUACGUUUUGCUGAAGAAAACACGCUAUCAUUCGCAUUAUCUAAGUUACACCCGGCGCAGAUGCAAAAGAUGACAAAUGAAAAUUUGAAACAAACUUGUGAAUCUAUUGCCCAGUUUUAUGAUUUACCGAACAUAAAGAAUGAAAUCGAAUUUUGGCAACAAUUGUGGCAGAGAAAAAGCAUUGAAAAUUUUGAUCGCUUUACUAUGCACGACCUGUACAGUAGAGUAAUCCUUUAG